AUGUUUGUGGCGUGUCUUUCUCCUCGUGCACCCUCUCCUCCACUGGGCCUGCUCCCGGCCGGCCUGUGGUGCUGGGCCUUCGCCUGGAAGGGGCAGCGCGCCCCGCGGUCCUCGCUCCUCCUCGCCGCCCUCCUCGCCUCCAAGGGACAGGCCCGACUUACCCCUGCGCUCUUCGGGGCCCCAGUCGGACCACCCCGGUGGCCCGUGCGCCCCUCCCUCGUCUCCACGCACUUUCCGCCCGUGCGCGCCCCGCGUGCCAUCUUCCAGCGAGGCGGCGUUUCUGUGCAGCUGGCGCUGUCCGCAGCUGUGCCGCCGUUGCCGUUUUUCCGUGCCUGA